AUGUCCACGACCGCUCUCAACUGCGUUAUCUCCCUCCUUGGUCUUGUCCUCUUCGCCGCUUAUUUGAAGAGGCGACGCAAUUCAUCUGGCCUCCCUUUUCCCCCUGGCUCUACCCCAUUCCCAUUCAUCAGUAACGUCCUCGAUAUUCCCAAGCGAGUACCAUGGGAAAUGUACUCAAAAUGGGCAGACCAAUAUGGCGACAUCAUGUCUAUUCAAGCUUUCGGAGAAACCAUGGUAAUCAUAAGCUCAGCUAGAAUGGCUCGCGAGCUAUUAAAAAGCGUGGCUCGAAUCACUCUGACCUCCCCGUCGUCCCUCCUUACGAAGUUCAGUCUGCAGGUCGAGUUUACAAUGCUUUUGGUCAUCAAUGAUCUGCGUCACAGCACGACCGCAGGCAUCGUUAUGGCUCUUACGUAUGGAUAUGAUAUUACCGACCCUGACGACAAUCUCAUCGCCCAUGUGGAAGAUAUUGCACGAAGGGCGUCUUCUGCACUGUUGCCUGGCUCAACUUUCAUCAACGUAUUUCCUUUCUUACUCAAGCUGCAACACAGUAAAAUGAAGGGAACAGCACACCCGUCGAUUAUAUUGAACACUAUGAACUCGUUUUCCGAGAACGAUCUCACUGAGGAGGAGGAAUGCGCGCUGAAAGAGGUGGCAGCAUCACUCUACAUUGCUGGCACAGAUACGGCAGCUUCAGCACUAGCCUUCUUCGUUCUGGCCCCCAUCGGAUAUCCCGAAGUCCAAAAAAGGGCUCAGAAUGAACUAGACGCUGUCGUAGGACGUGAACGGCUUCCGCAGUACGAAGAUCAAGAAAGCCUGCCAUACAUCAACGCAAUAUGUCAAGAGUUCUUGCGGUGGAGGAUGGACACUCCUCUUUGGUUAAUUCCGCGAUAUCAGAAUCUGUUAGGAGUCCCUCGCACAAGUAUAGAGGAUGACAUGUACGAAGGAUUCUUCAUUCCCAAAGGCUCUCAGAUUGUCCUAAAUACCUGGUCCAUGCUUCACGGUCCUGAGGCCUAUCCCGACCCAGAAACCUUCCGUCCUGAACGGUUUCUCCGUUCUGGUGGAGCAUUCGUCGAAGAUCCUCUCGUGAACUCAGUUUAUGGAUGGGGUAGGAGAAUCUGUCCCGGAAUAUUCAUCGCAAAUGCAACGAUAUGGGCUGCUGUUGCUUCUAUUUUGUCCGCCUUCGACGUGAGAAAAGCGAAAGACAGUCAGGGAAGUGACAUUCCUGUGAAUGGGGCAUAUAUCGAUCAAGGAAUCAUCUGUCACCCCUUUCCGUUCAAGCGCUCAAUCACGCCAAGAGAUGCGCAAGCGGAACAAUUGGUCGUGGCCACAGAAACCGAGAUGGAGUGA